CAGAUGAAGGUCGCUCCUUGAAAGGAAAAACAUGCAAAGCAGUGCGGCACAGAGAGAGAGAGCAAGAGCGGGGUCAAGUUAACAAGGGGCAGUCUAAGCCGGCUCUCACCCAACUGCACCCAACAAUUAUUAACUUCAUUUUUUUUAGAAAAUUCCAUCCCUCAGAGAAUGCCAUUAGCUGAUCUCCUUGGUGUUCAGUUCGACAUGCAACUCCUGGGGAAGCUAUCUGUUUCUGUUGUGGCUGUGCUGCUGGUCUCCUGGGCUUACAAGUUCUAUAACUCCAGGGCCAGGACAGUAUCCAGGGAUGAACCCAAUACGCUGAAUGCAGUCCCCCCAGGGUCUUGUAUUGGAUGCAAUUCGGAUCUCAGGCAACGACAGAAAAGCCUGACCGGGGAUGCUGAGAAGGUAGUGGAGAAAAAGGAACAUGAGACCAAGGAGGAUUUAAGCACAGCUAAAGAUACAGUGAAUGGAAGCUGGUCCAUACAGAAGGAUAUUGCAGUACAGAGCCAGGAGAAAAGAGACAGUGCACUUGAAAAGGACAACAGCCUUUCUAUAUUACCUGAGAUCCAAGACCAUGAGCAGGGUAAAUCAACACUCAAUUCCAGUCCACUGAGUAGCAAUGGACGUGUGAUUAAUGAUGUAAUAGAACCGGGCAGCGACCUGGUUGUGGAGAGACCAGGGGUUGAGAAGAUGGAGGUGAGUGGGAAGAUGUACAACUAUUAUAUGGAGUCAGUAUCUCAUUCCAUCUCAGAUGACAGCGCCUACCAGUCAAGCUAUUCCACUCCUGUCCACCGACGCUACAAGGAACAUACGCCACAAGAUGCCUGUCUGAUGGAGUUGGAGGCCAAGUGGGAAAGGGAAAGGCUAAGGGGAAGGGGACCCAACAGAGGAGGCAUCAGCAGUAGUGUCCAAAUGCCAAGCUUAGCCCCUGCUUCAGACUCUGUUUUCCUAGAAGAUCCUGAGAUCAGCAAUGGGGAUUCUUUAACACCGGUGCCCUAUCCUACAGAGAGGCAAGGCUCUGGCCUGAACCGAAAAGACAGCAUGUUGCAGAUUGUGGAUAAUUCAGACCUCCAGAUUCCCUUUAUUGAACCCAGGGCUUCCACUCCAGUAAACUGUAGUUCCAGGACGGCAUCAUCAGAAGACUUCUGCUCAAGCCCCAUGAGUUCCCUAACAGACUCAUGUUCACUUCCUGAAGGUGGGGAACCCAGUUUAAAGGUGGUAGCCAGGGCUAACUUCUUCCAAAUCCCCCUAGAUAACAUAGGAAGCUCUGAAUUGGAGGUCCUCAAAUGUAAACUAGACCUGGGUAACUGCCUGCAAGCCCUGAACUUGGCCAGAAAGCACAAACUAGAUGACCUUCAAGAUGCAGCUUUCAAAGUAAUGUCAGACAACUACUUACAAGUCUUGAGGGACCCUGAACUGUAUGGCAGGCUGAAGGCGGAUGAUAGAGAGAAGAUCCGGACACAGAGACUGAAAGGCAAGAGGUUCCUAGUGGUGGCUGAUAUGGAUCCUCAGGACAGACUGAGCUACAAAUCCCAGUCUGCGACAGAAGAAAUUGCAAAACCAAGCAGUCUCCACUACUAUGAUGACUAUAAAGAUUCCUGGCACCGUUUGGCUAGCCUUCCCAAAGAGGUCAUCUCCAAAGGCUGCUCCAUGUGCACCAUGGAUAACUAUCUUUUCAUUGCAGCUGGUUGUCAAGGAACAGAUUGGGACCUAAAGCCAUCCAAACGGGUGUUCUGCUACAACCCUGUGACUGGCAUUUGGAAGGAGAUCUGUCCUAUGAACCAAGCCAGGCCAAAAUGCAAGCUGGUCGCCUUGCAGGGCUACUUGUAUGCAGUGGGUGGUGAGUGCCUUUACACUGUGGAGCGGUACGAUCCUCGUGCAGAUAGAUGGACCUUUGUGGCGCCUUUGCCCAAUGACACCUUCGCUGUGGCCCACCACGCCAUUGCCUGUAAUGGACAGAUUUAUGUUUCUGGAGGCACCCUUAGAUUCACCCUCCUCCGCUACAACCCCAAGACCAAUUCCUGGAAGGAGAGCAUAAUCACUGGAUGCAAGGAAAGGACCACUGAGAUGGUGGCUGUCAGGAGUUUCAUCUACCGCUUUGACAUCAACCCCACGUUGGGCAUCAGUGUCUACCGUUACCAUGCCAUGGCCAAACUGUGGUACAAGUGCUGCACCAAACGGCUGCCCUACUCCGCCUCUUUCCAGUGCACCACCAUCGACAACAUAAUUUACUGUGUCAACCGGCAGUUCACCAUGAGGUUUCUAGCCGAUGAGAUAUCUCCUGAUUUUGUUGCUGAUGACUUGAAAGUCCUUCCUACAGCCAAGGGUGUCUUAUUUCCAUUUGUUUUAAUACUACCUGUGAUGGAGACUGUGCAGACCACAGUCUGAAAAAGGUUGGUUCUGUUUUGGGGGCAGGGAGAGGUGUGGUGGCAAGGGUUGCAACAGCUGUCCUCAAGACAUUCAAUUAUAACUGCACAGAAAUCUUUAUUCAUAAUUAUCUAUUUUGCUCCUAUGGCAGAUAUUUCUGGAUUCUUCGCUUAUGGUUGUGCACUUCCAAAAUGAACUAGAAAUGUAUUGAAAAAAAUGAUGUAAACUCUAAUACAUUUAUUUGUUCUUUAAUCUAGCAAAAGACCUGCUGUAGUUUUAAUUUCCAAAGGUGUUCAGGGAGCAGAUACUCAUGUUGCAAUUUAUUCAAACUGGUGCAUAAGUGAAAAUGUACUGUACAAGAUAAAUAUGAAUAUAGAGUUAAAAUUAUCAUACUGCCACAAGGACAAGAUAUAAUAAAAAAAUCACCUGUAAUGUAGUUAUUGUUGAAUCAAAGUUUUGACACCUUAAUGAUUAGUGAAUUAGCAAAUUCUAGGCUAAAGAAAUGAACCUGGGACUUUUUCUUUAGUAUCUACAAGUCUUCAC